GCGAGAAGAGGAAGAGUAGAGAACGAUGGCAGCGCGUGGAAAGGACGACAUUAAGCACGCGACGGCGCAGGCGAAGCUGUCGGAAGACGAGGCUUUGAGAGUGGGAUAUUGCAACGGCACGCCACUGGAAUCCGGUAAGAUCGCCGAUUCCCAGCCGGUCGACCUCUUCUCCGGCGCUCGUAAUAUCGCCGAACAGGAAGAGCCACCGCCGACGAACCAGCAAUCCCGACCUCCCGGCGCCGGCGAUGAAGGGAAGCAGAAUCAAGGAUCACGCUAGAUAGGUUUAUGUUUAGAAUCAAAACGUUGUCGUUUUCGUCUUUCCUGAAACUACAUGUGAUCAAAUAAAUAAACAAACUAGUUGUGUUGUUCA